AUGCGCCCUUGUGGCUGCGGCGUUCAAAGUAUUGCUUUUCCCAGCAUAAACACCUCAGAAUGGACGCUCGACUAUCCGCCGUUCUUUGCAGGCCUGGAAUGGCUACUAUCCAAAGUCGCAUCCUUUGUUGAUCCGGCGAUGCUGAAGGUUGAGAAUCUCAAUUACGAUUCCUGGCAGGUGAUUUACUUUCAAAGAACGUCUGUUAUUCUCCUCGAGUUUAUGUUGAUCUAUGCGUUGAAAUGCUACAUCAAAUCCGUACCUGAUCCUAAGAAAGGAUUAGCCCACGCCGCAAGUCUUUCCAUUCUCCUCUCCCCGGGCUUGUUGAUCAUUGACCACAUCCAUUUCCAAUAUAAUGGAUUUCUCUACGGAAUUUUGAUCUUAUCGAUUGUCCUGGCUCGCAAGCAAUCUACACUUCUUUACAGCGGGAUGAUGUUUGCAGCCUUACUGUGUUUGAAACAUAUUUACCUCUAUCUGUCACUGGCGUAUUUCGUCUAUCUUCUCCGCACAUAUUGCCUCGACCCAAAAUCCGUAUUCCGUCCGCAAUUCGGUAACAUUAUCAAGCUCGGAAUCGGGAUUACGAUCGUUUUUGCUGCCGCGUUUGGUCCCUUUGCGUAUUGGGGCCAGCUAAACCAGCUUAAAGAGAGACUAUUCCCGUUUUCGAGAGGGUUAUGCCAUGCUUAUUGGGCUCCGAAUAUUUGGGCCAUGUAUUCGUUUGUGGACAGAGUCCUCAUACUGGUUGCUCCUCGGCUAGGGCUUACCGUCAAACAAGAGGCACUGGGAAGUGUUACAAGAGGACUUGUUGGAGACACCUCGUUCGCCAUCCUACCCGAAGUGAGGAAGGAACACACAUUUGCGCUAACUCUUAUUUUUCAGCUCCUUCCCCUGUGUAAACUGUGGCUACAACCAACUUGGGACAACUUUGUCGGCUCUAUCACUCUCUGCGCCUAUGCCGCCUUUCUCUUCGGUUGGCAUGUUCACGAAAAAGCUAUUCUCCUGAUCAUUCUCCCCUUCAGCCUCCUCGCUCUUAAAGACCUUCGGUACCUGGGUGCUUUUCGCCCUCUGGCGGUAGCCGGACACGUCUCCCUCUUCCCGCUUCUCUUCACCGCGGCAGAGUUCCCGAUCAAAACAGUGUACACGAUCACCUGGCUCGUUUUGUUUCUGUUCACGUUUGAGCGACUCGCCCCCGUCCCGAAAAGGCCAAGGGUUUUCUUACUGGAUCGAUUUUCAUUGUUGUACGAUACGGUGUCCAUCCCCUUGAUCGUAUACUGCUCGCUUGUGCAUGGACUGCUGUUUGGUAGCAAGAUGGAGUUUUUGCCGUUGAUGUUUACGAGUUCCUACUCGGCGCUCGGGGUGGUCGGGAGCUGGGUUGGGUUUAUGGUAGUCUAUUUCACAUCGUAG